CCAUACCAAAAAUGGCUUCUCCUUUCAAUUUUCUCUUCCUACUUCUAAUUUCAAUCUUUGUCCUCUCUCUUUUUCAGGUCUCCUCUUCAUCAGCAUCCGAUUCUCAGGCUGGGAUUCAGGCCCAAGCCCAUCAUCUCCAGGGGUCGGAAGGACCAAGUAGGAGGCUUUUGACGCUUGUAGACUGUAGGGGUCUAUGUGCAAUAAGAUGCGGAAGGCAUUCAAGGCCAAACGUGUGCACUAGGGCAUGUGGCACGUGCUGCCGAAGGUGCAACUGUGUGCCACCUGGCACGCAUGGCAACAGAGAAAGGUGUGGAAGUUGCUAUACUGAUAUGCUGACUCAUGGAAACAAGCCAAAAUGCCCAUAGAAAUUAUAAGUAUGUGUGUGUCUCUUUUUGAACUUUGUUUUGAAAAUAUGUGGCCUUAAUGUUAUUUUUAGAAGUUAAGUGUAAUGUUAAA